GUGGAUGUUUGCAAGUGAACCCAGACCAGAGACUCACGGUGUCAGACCUGCUGGAGCGACUGGCAGCCAUCUCGGAGACGAGAGGCAUCAAUCUGCGAGAGCCACUAGCACUCGAAGGCAAGCGGAUAGACUCCAGUACCCGACCAGCUCUUGCAAUGAACAAUGGCCCAACAAAUAACGGGAUGGAUCGCACUAGUUCUCCUUCAGCCCACCAGAUUCCGCCUUCACCACACAAAGUACCGCCUCCACACCCACCUCCGCCCUCUAGACCACCUCCUGUCCACCAGCCCCCGCCCGCAGUGGCCCCGAUGAGUGGUGGUGGAGGGGGAGGGGGUGGAGGAGGAGGGAGUGGGCUGUUCUCAACUAUCAAGGGUGGUGCUGGCAGUUUCUUUAAGGGUCUGAAGGACACAUCAUCCAAGGUGGUCCAGUCUGUGCAACAGAGCAUGGCGCGCAGUGAGGUGGACAUGAGCUACAUCACGUCUCGCUUGGCCGUGAUGCCAUUCCCUGCGGAAGGACUAGAGGUGACGACCCGUAGCAACUACGCAGAGGACGUCAAGGUCUACCUGGAGACCAGGCAUCCUGGGGCCCACUAUUGUGUGUAUAACGUGUCCGGACGUGCCUACCCCGCAGGCCGGCUCGGCAAGGGCAGGGUGGUGGACUGCGGGUGGGGUGGCGUGUUGCGGCGUGCUCCUCCCCUCCACUCUCUCUACACCCUCUGUCAGGACAUGUACGAGUUUCUUACGUUAGACCCUCGAAAUGUCUGCGUUGUACAUUGUGUAGAUGGUAAAGCAAGCUCUGCGAUGUUAGUGAGCGCGUUUCUCUUGUUCGUCGGAUUUGUGCGGAAUCCAGAAGAUGCUGCGCAGUUGUUUGCCGUCAGACGAACACCACCUGGACUUCAGCCUUCAGAGAUGAGAUAUCUUCACUACCUAGCAGAUGUGCUGAGAUCUCCGCCCUACUGUCCACACUUCAAGCCUAUGAAACUGGUCUCCAUCACCCUGCAACCGGUGCCUCUCUUCAACAAAGUCAGGGAUGGAUGUCGACCCUAUGUGGAAGUCUACCAAGGGGAAGAGCGUGUGAUGAGCACUCAACAGGAAUAUGAGCGCAUGACACUCUUUAACAUCACUCAUGGCAAGCGUGCGUUGUUGCAGAUCACGCUGCCUCUGAACGUGACAGUGGUAGGUGACGUGACGCUGGUGGUGUAUCAUGCAAGACACGUGUUGGGUCGUCCCACCGGCAUUAAGAUACUACAGCUGCAGUUACAUACGGGCUUCAUCGCCGGCAACACACUCAACUUCACCAAAAAUGAACUGGACGACUUGUCUGAAGGUGAGCACUAUCAAGGUGACAAGUUCUCGGUGGUGCUGUACAUAGAGCUGCUGAAGGCUACGGAGACCUGUGUCACACCAUGGUUGGACCACUACUCUCACAACUACAACUCAGACGUCCUCUUCUCCUCUACGAUAGAGGCGGAGGAGACCCGAGAGAACUUCGUACCAAAGACAGCGCCACCACCAAGACCAGGUCCUCCACCAUCUCGCCCCGGCCCUCCACCCCGACCAGCUCCUCCCCCACCCUCAAGACCUCCUAAUGAGUAUAGAGAUGGACCUGACACUCCUCCCAUGAAAAGGUCAGAAGAGAGAGAGAGUUUGCUGAAUGAUGAAGACGAGGAUGCCGACUUCCUGAACCUCUCAUCGUCCCAGCCCCAGAGGCCCCCUCUGUCACAGCCUCCACGACCCCCGGCUCCUACACCACAUGCGGACCUGCUGAACAUCGGAGACAGUGGGGGUGGGGAUGGCAGUGACAGCAACGUAGAUCUACUAGGCUUCGGACAGUUUGUCAGCGCAGAUCCCCCCACCACUACCGCCAACAGCAUUGAACCCGCUGUGGACCCACUUGCCUUCGAUCCCUUUGCUUCUGACUCCAAUAUUGCUAAGAAUGACCUGCUCGACCCAUCACUAAAGAACUCAUCGAUCCACCGUAACGUGAGCACUCCCAACCUGUUCGCUGAUAACGUCGUCUUGACGCCCAACCCGAGUCCCUCACCGAACCUGCUCGGUGGCGGGGCAUGGCCUAGCAGUAACAUCAAUAUGCCUCGCAAUGUCAGCACACCUAACCUCAACAGGGAUCCGUUUGCUGACCUUGCUGGCAACCUCAGCUCUAGUCUAGGCGGCGGUGUCGGCAGUGGAGGCGGUACGACUCCAGGACUAUCUCCCCAGCACAAGCCACCUGGCAGCUGGAAUCCCACCCCCUACCCACCGAGUACUCCAGUUUUUACACCUGCUGGGAGCCCUGUGCAUCACUCCAAGUCCCCCUGCGAGCCGAAUUACAGUCGAUCACACUUUGAUAACGCCUUCAAACCAUCAGACCAGCCAGGGAAGAAGGCAGGUGAUGUGUUUGGAGACCUACUGGGUAGCCAGGGUUACGAGUUUUCCUCAAAGAAGGACAGCGGCCCUCGAACGAUAAACCAGAUGAGGAAAACAGAGCUUGCCAAAGAAAUGGAUCCUGAUAAGCUUAAGGUAAUGGAGUGGACUGAAGGAAAGACGCGUAACAUACGCGCGCUGCUGUGCUCUAUGGACCGUGUGCUCUGGGAGGACUGCAAAUACACGGUGGAGAUGCAUCAGUUGGUGUCUGCCACUGAUGUGAAGAAGGCUUACCGAAGGGCCUGCAUCGCUGUUCAUCCUGACAAACACAUUGGAACACCUAAUGAGAAGAUAGCGAAACUUAUCUUCAUGGAGCUGAACAAUGCUUGGAGCGAAUUCGAAAACGAUGCCAGUCAGCAGAAUAUGUUCCAGUAAUCGUUACCGAUGUACUUGCCAAAAGCAUUGGAAACGAUGCACAUGUACAGGCUGCAUUAGACAAUAGCUCUUUAGUUAUGUAAUUAAAGAUGUAGUUCUAUUGUUGGUUAUACAUAUUGUAGACUCAAAUCACUUAAUUCUUGAGUUUUCACUGGAUCACUAUAAUCCAGACGUGCUAAUGUGAUUGCUGGUUAUUUAAGCUAUUUUAAUGACUUCUUUCUUUAAUGAUAUUUUUAGAAUUAAGUUUUACCCAUAGCUACCUGCUCAAAACAAUAUUUUUUCGUAUUUUAUCAUUAGAAUUAUUUUUAUAUAACUAGUUUUCAAAAAAGCGUGUUAAAUAUUGUUCAUAGUCAUAUUUUUGUGGAAACCACCCAUGUUGUAUAGUCUGUAUUGAAGUGAACUGACUUGCAUUAGCUUUUGUUUUAAGAUGUUUAAAUUUUAUCUUGUCAUCAGAUGACAAUAAGUAAAUAUGAUGUUUAUGAUAUUCAUUAUAUAAGCAAUGGAACUAUUUUCCAUACAUGUAUGAAUUAAAUUUACACAAUGUUUGUAAUAUACAAAUGAAUAUUAUUUGUACUACAUCAUAUUUUUUUGUUUCAUUAAUAUUUAUAAUUUUUAUUCAAACAUUUUAUAUGGGUUUCUUUUUAAUUAUAACCAGUUUGUGUCGUUCGCCAUAAUAUCCAGAAACCGUUUCAGUGAGUAAACAAAAAAUUGUUUGUGAUUUUAACAAGGUUUUAGGAGUUUAAACAAAGUAAUUCAAGCACAAAUUUGUAAUACUUUUGAUUAAAACCACUAAAGAUUGGUUUUAAACAGUUCAAAUUAAACUGGGUUUUUAAAUCGCAUGGUAAUACUCAUAUAUAUAUUCUUAUACCUUUGAAAGACUUUUUAUCAUCUGAUUCAAGUUUUACAUUCCACCAUGAGUACAUUCUGUCACAACAUGUCAGAUUCAAGUUUGGUUAUCUUAGUGAAAUGUCAUUCAUCUUUUCCAGGUUUUAAUAACUACUUUCUUAUUCUCAAUGCUGCUUUAUAAAAGGAAAUAAACAGUUUAAACAUAAACUGAUUAGAUCAAUACAUUUUUGGCAGCUUUAGAAUGUUUAAAACACCAUUAUUUGGUAAUUAAUUCUCAACUGAAACCAAGAAUUGCAUAUUCAAUUGGAUGAAAUGAAUUCCAUUUUGUAUUAAGAGUAGUGUAUGCAAAGCACUAGUCACACGCCAUCGUAAUAUUUAUUUAAAGUAUACAUUACACGGAUACAGCCUUGAUAAAUAGGCAUAAUUGUCUGGCAUGGCACAAACAGAUCAUCCAGUUUCAUCAUCCAGUUAUUGGUGAACUCUUGGCCAUUGGCUGAUAUCAGAGCAAAUUCUAUUCAGCGAGACAAGCCAACUCAGUUCGAUCCAAGAACACAACAUAUUCACAGUUUUUCUAUUGCAUGUCCCAAAGUACUUUUAGUACUUUUUUGUCCCAAAAUGAAGACAUGCGUUGGAAUGACUAGAAAUUUUGAAAUUUUAACGCCCAUUGAGUAGCAAUAGUGUGAAGGAUUGAUUCAAUGUGAAUGUUGAGUUUAGCACCAGUCCACUUUCCUAUAAGUGCAACGUCUGAAGUUUGAUGCGGUCACAGACUUGACUCCUGGAAUUCAGAGUCAUGUUCGUCUGAAGAGAUCCAAAAAAGUCGCCACUUAACGUAAUUUCGAAAUUAUAUGAAGAGGUAUUCUCAUUGUCUCAUAUUCAGUGUACUUGACGUAACUGAUGAGAAAAUGAGAAUACCUCUUCAUCUAGAUUACACUAUAUACUCUGGGUGUCUGAUGUCAAAAAGAUGCAGUGUUUUAUGACUUUUUAUGUCUUUAGAUAAACAUGAGUCUGGAUUCCAGAUGCUGCACUAAGAAGAAGACGAACUGGAGCUAAACUUAACAUUCACACCCAUUUAAUGUUUUGUUAAAUCAAACAAAAAUGAUACACCACUACCAUUCUUUUUUUUUUUUAAGCAAAAUAACAAAAUAUUUAGAAAUAAACUUCGAGAUGCCUUUUUUGUACAUGUUCUGAAUCAUUACAGGUUUUAUCGUAUGAUUAUUUGUUAGCCUGUGAAAAUUCAGUACCCACAUUGGAAUUUAAAUCCAAGUUCUGAAAUUGAAAGCUGAGUUGUUAAAACACUCAAAAACCAGACAACUUCAAGUUGUCUUAUGAAAAUAUUCAAAAGGAUAUACUUUUCUGAACAUAAUAUUUUCAACAUUAAAAUGAAGUGUGUUUAUUUGAUUGAACCAUAUUCAGAUUAUUAAUCACCAUUCAUGUUGUAAAGUUGAAAGAGGACGGUUUUUAAAAAGAGUGUUGAAUUUCAUUUUUGUCUUUUUUAUUUUAUUGGUUUCCAGAUUAGGGUUGGCAUUUGACCAUUUAGAUUUCCCCCCUUCCCCCACUUUUGAAAAUGUGGUGUACUCUUAAAACUCUUUUUUAAAUAGUCUUAAGAACAAUUUUUAAACUACAGUUUAAAGACUUUGAUUUUUUUUCUUUGUUUAAAUUUUGUUGUUGACGAUGGAUUAUUUGAAAGGAUACUAGUAUUUAAGAUAUUAGCCAACGUUGUAUGUUACAAAAGUAUAACAACUGAGAUUCAAAGAUAGGAGAAAAUCCUCUAUUUUUCCUAUCUGUAUAAUGGACCAUAGCGUGUAUUAACAAGGCUGUUUCUAUCAUAAUGUUGAAAAAUUUACGGAAAAAUAUUGGGAACAAAUUUGCAUGGUAGUAUUUUUAAGUUAACUGAUUGGUGGAUUCAUUUUAUUCUCUUUUUGUGAAUUUAUUUAUUUAAAAAAUAUUUAAUACAUGCAUGUAUGUAAUAUGAUUUGUGUUUUUUUUUUUUUAAAGAUUCUCUUCUUGAAUGACAAUUGUUGGUGUAGCAAUUAACAUUAUCGGUGAACACCACUAUUUAUAAAUGUAUAUCAGUGAAAUAAAUGUGUUUAUUUAAUUUUCAAUGUAUGUAAAUAACUCUGUGUAAAUAUUUGUACCUGGUUUAGUUUUAGUUUUUUAUUUCGUAGUAUAUUAUGUUUUGUCACUGAGCGGAGGAAUUUGGAUGUCUUUGUUCCGUAAUUGUUUAUUUGUUCCUAUUAUCUUGAACUGUACACUACAUGUACAUUGUAUGUUAGCCUUGUGUGAUAUCAAGAUUAUAGCUAGAUUCUGAAUUGUUGAGGCAAUAAGUAUAAACUUAAUUAUAUUAUUUGGUUCUAAUAGCAUAGUUAACACUUAUAUUUAUACUUAUAUUCAGUUUCUUUAUUCUUAUUUUUUUUUUUCAGUAAAAUUGGUAUUGUUGUACAUUUUAUGUAAUAAUAAUAAAUUUAGAGCUUGUUCGAAUAUUUGAAAUAUGAAGUUGAACGGCUAGAUAUCAACAUACUAUUAGAUUUUAUUGAAGGUUAAAACAGUUUCACACAACACAAAUGUAUUGUACAUACAUUUUGUGCACGAUGUGUACCCAACUCUUUGACUGAUUGAAAACAAAGAGAAUGGAACCGGUUCUAAAUUUUCUUAUCCAGUCGAUCAAACAAAUGAGACACUCAAUGGAGUGGGGUUACAUCUCAUUGUUAAGAAAAUUGUGCAGAUCGGUUACGUGCAUAUGCAACAAAAUGUAUGCAAUCGUUACUGAAAAGCUUGUACCCAAAUAAGAUGAGUAUAUGUAAAAAUGUAAAACAUGUUAAAAAAUAGUAAGCAUUGCUCUUUCAAAUCUAUAUAAUAAAAAAGCUAUAAAUGUUAUGUGUAAUUUUUUAUUUGUUAUAAAAAUCUUACUUUCUGAACAAUCCUCAUAUUAUUAAUUGACUUGAAAUGCAGUUACAAGUAUAUUGUAUGUUCACAAAGUGUCAUAUUUUGUUCAUAAUUAAUUAUAUUUUUACUAAUCAUAUAACGGAUAUUUUUCGGACAUCCAUUGGAUAUUCAAUUUUAAAAUUAUGUAAAUCUAAUUAUAUUAACACUGUAUUUAGAAUUUAUGUAAUCCAAGUUCACACUUAAGUUUAAUCUAAUUUUUAGAAAAAAUUACUGAAGCUACUAACACUCUUGGCACAGAUAACAAAAAGGUUAACCACAGCUAUUGAAUAAUUUCAUCCGUAAUUUUUCUGUUGGAAAAUGCUAAAGUACAAUUAUUAGAGCUUAGAGUGCUAGUACUUGGAGAAUCUUUCCACAGUACUUUUUAAGGAUUUGUACUUCACCAAACAAGAGAACUCUUGCCAUGUUUUAUUCCAAGAGUCUGGGCACUCUUUUUUCUUCAUCCUUGGUUUUUAGUACUCUAUAUUUACAGCCAUUUAGCCGUUUUUCCAAACUAGAACAGCUGUGGUACAUUGAUAUUACCUGACUUGUACCUCAACGCCUAAUUGUGUGCCUGUAUUAAGAGUUUUGUGGACAAUUAAAGAAAUUAUGAUAGGUUUUGUCAACAUAGUAAUAAAUUAAAUCACUGAGACACAAUAAGGGUUUUUAUGAAAUAUUCCCACAAAAUUGAUAUUUGUUAAGAGCUUUUUUUGGUGAUAAUGCUUCAGCUUUAUAUCAUUUCAUAAAACAUGUAUAAUUAAAUCCUUCACAUUUACACCAAAGAACAAAUUAAGUCCUUGACAUACUACAUUUGUAUUCUAUAUGAUCUCAUAUUUCACUAUUCGUACAUCUCUAUUUUUGUAAACAGGGUAUUUACUUUGAUACUGUAUGGUUUUUGUUACUUACAAAAUGUCCUCUUACAGAAACUAAAUAUUUUAAUUAAACUUCUACAGGUAUGCAAUUAAACAAAGUUUAUGAUUAAGUUUUUUUGUGGACAGAGAUGAUAGUACUCAUCAAGGUAAGGUUUUUCUAUAAAAUAUGGUGCAAUUAAAUUUCAUACAAUUUUCUAUUUUUUUGUACUGAAAUUAAUGUUGGAUUUACCAAUAAAAAUAUUUAUGUUGAAGUUUUAUGUAGAUUCUGAAGGCAGUAAUUAAAAAAAUACGUGUCUCUUUGUCAUAAAACUAAUUACUUAUUGAACACUGAAAAAAUAAUCACUGAACGCAAAAACACAUUCAUAGGUAAUUAAAGAUCACUACUCUUUGAACUGACUCACAUAUGCAUUGCAAAUAGAGGAUAUUUUUUGUGUGUUUAACUCAGUUCCUGGAAUUUUUAAAUUAAAAAAAAGGAAAAUUAAAACUUAACAACUUGUUCAAAAAGCAGAAAGUUUGUAAUUAAAUAGCUAUGUUGUAGAAUCACAUUUUGUGCACCAUUAAUUUCCAAGGAACAGUAGGGUACUUUGGUAUUAUUGAGAGGCCUCUAUUUUUGGAAUAGUUUUAAUUACUGGGAACCUAAAAAACUAUAUUAUUAAAAAGAACAGACUUUAUUUGACUUAAUUUAUAAAAAGUCAAAUGAAGUCUGGUUUAGGUUUCUGGUAAGAAAAACUCUUCCAAAAAUAAUGGCCUCCUAGAUAAUACCAAAGUAUCCAUGUAGUGCUAUACCAAUAAGUUGAAACUAACAAGCUCAGUUUAGUAAUUAUUUAAUUAGUUUAUCCAUUAAACCAUGGUCAUUUAAACCUAUCAUUUACAUGAUCUGUUUCAGUGUAAUUAAAAUAAUACCAACUGAGCGCAUUUUCCAAUAUUUAUUUAAUUGUUUGGAUGAAGCGUUUUGCCAAUUUCAUCAGAAUUGGCUCUACUAAUUGUAGAAACAAUUUUAAAAAUUAAAGUGUGAAGAAAUGUAUAUAUAAUACGUACAUAGUUUUAAAAUUCUCCAAAUCUUCACUGUAGCAAUUUGUUACAUUGUUGUCACAUUUGGGUUGGAAUGUGUUUUUUUACUAAGCAAGCAUUUUUCAAGGUCUUGUGUGAGCAAUAUUGUGUUCUGAUAUGUUUAGUCUUUAAAAGACAUUUACUUCUUCCAUUAUCUCUUCGAAUACAUCCUGUUAACAUGAAAAGUUGGCCAGAAAUACCACUUUUAUUUUUAAAACAGAUUUGAAUUGUUUCAAAGAAAUGGCUAUAUUUCAUAUACGCUGAGUUGAUUUUGGCUUCCUUUACUUUUUUAUAGAUUAUAAAAUUGGUUUCGUGAAUGUAUUCCUUUUACUUGAAAAAAUAAAUAUGUUUAUAGUUUUAUCACUUUAAACAAAAAUAUUUCUAAUCACCCUUACCCAUGAUAUAGAAUAUUGAGGUAUGAAUUCACAUAUAUCUACAAAGUAUGUAUCUAUAUACAAGUACACAAAUUAUGGUGAAAAUAUAAGAAAAUAUUUUCAUUAUUUCAAAAUUAUAAGAAAAAUAUCACCAGUGAUAUAAGAAAAUAGACAUAAUAAAUAUGAACUUUAAAUAAAAUAUUACAAAAGCGUGGUAUUUUAUUACUUCACUAUUCUGUUCACGGUUUGUCAUACACAAAGUGUGACAUAUGUAUUUUAGCUUUAGUUUGUUUGUUUAUUAUCGAUCAGCCGUUGUCCAUUUUUAUAAAUAUGUCAGAUGUUAUUUAUAAAAUUAUUGUACUUCCUUAAUUUUAUUAUCUGUCACAAUUCUUCACGACUAUUUAUCAAAAUAUUAAAUUAAGUAGUAAAACCAAAACCCCUUAUUGCAAAGUUUCCAAUUUGUCAUCAUCAAUAUAUUAUAUAUAUAUAUAUAUAUAUAUAUAUAUAUAUAUAUAUUAUAUACAAUCAUGAGAAGGAGCAAAAGUAGUAAUGAUAACAAGAAGAGGAUUUACAUAAGUGUAAUUCGUAACAAUUUGACGGCAAAAUUAUCCUUUUGUAUCAGUUUGAUUCACUGGCUGCAACAUAUCAUGACUAAAGAGCAUGAAAAUUAUUUUUAACUUAUGAAAUUGGACUUAUAAGAACCACUUCAAAAAGGGAGUAGUAAUUGUUCAAUGAAUAUAACGCAUUAGAUUUUAGCUUAAAACAAAAAAAAAACUGCUCUUUAUUUAAAGUUAAUUACUGCCAAUUAAUGGAUGAUUUUAAGGGAUAAAAGGUUUAUGGAAGUUGCCAGUGUUAGAAUAACAGUAACAUGUUUUGAAGAUUACAAUCUAUUCCUGAAACAUGUUAUCAUCAUUCUGUUACAACGUCCAUAACCCUGUUGUCUCUUUAAAAAUUAUCAUUUUUGUUUUUUUCUUAGUAGUAAAGAAAAGGUAAUAUUACAUUUUAUUACUGUCAUGAGAUUCCUAUGUUUGAAAUUUAUUGUGAUUUUAAUUACAACUGCCCUUUUGAAUUUGUAGGCCAAAGUAAACUCAUAUCUCCAAACAGAUUUUGUUUAUUGACCAAAUCCAUAUAAUUUUUGGAGGUUUUUUGAAUCGACUUAUUAAAAAAGUAAGCUAACGAAAGUUAUUUUACAAAAAAUGAUCUUGAAUAAUGUGUAUAGCAGUUUGUUGAUUGUUGUUAAUGAAUGUGACGUAAAUGAUUUGUUGUAUGUAGCGGCAUUUCAAUAAAACGUAUGAUUUCUCAGACGAUUGUGAUAAGACGACAACGAUGUGUAAAGGAUGGUAGUAGAACAUCUGAAUGGGGAGCUGUGAGUCAUGGCGUUCCUCAGGGUUCUGUAUGGGGUCAUCCUUUUUUUCACUUUACAUAAAUAGCUUGACAUCAAUAAUUAGACAUUCAAAUUUCUAUUUGUAUACCGACAAUCUAAAAAUAUACAACCACUUUCAACUCAAUUUUUGACACAAUAUUUAAAACAUUGAAGUUGGAUAUUUUAUUUAAAAAAUUUGAUUUCACCAGUUAAAUUAUCCUGUCAAAAAACAUAAUUGAUAUUAUGAUAACUGUCAUCAAAUAUAGUUAAAUAUUUAUAUUUAUUAGCGUACAUAUUAAUAUUAAUUAUUAUAACCAUUUUUUCUCCAUUACUUUGAACUGAGAAGCUUGAUAUCCAGUUUUCUCGAUCACAAAUCGAAUUAUUACAUCCUCUGUUGUUAUUUUUAUCUAGUUUUGUAAUAAUUUUACAUUCCUGCCAAUUUUAUAUAAAAAGUAAUUUUUAUUAAAGCUUUAUGGAUAAUAAAAAAAAUAGUUCUACUAAAUAACGAUAUGUAUAAAUAUACUAGAAUUAUAUACUUUAUACUAAGUUAAAAAGCUGCAUUGAAUUCCAUUUUUUUUUUUCAUUUCAUGUCUGAAAUGUUAUUCUGAAAUUGUUUCUUUCAUAACAAUGUUCACCAAAUUUGUAGUACAUCAAAAUAAACUGUGAGUGUCAAAAAUUAUAAUUUUUAGCUGAUUCCAAAUUAUUAAUGAAAUCACUGUUUAUAAGAAGUGUCUUAGCACUUAACAGUUGUGUGCUUAUAAAUGUGAUUAAAUCUUAAAUCUUUAUGUUUUGUGUGGUUUUCUAGAUGUCUCCACAAAAAUUCUCAACAUCUAUCGGUAGUUGUGCAAACAUUCCAUUCAUAAUCUGUAUAUCUACCACUCACCGAAUGUAUUUGUAGGCUACAUUAUUUCUUGAUUCAUUGUUUUCAAGCUGCAUCUCAAACAUGUUUUCCACAUUAGAAAAUUUCAAUUUUCUAAAUCAUAAAUAGGACACAUCAGCUGUAAUCAUUACAUAUUAUGCACAUCAUUUGACAACAUAUUUUAAAAAUGUAUUAAUUCUUGACUAAUACUCAUAGUUGAAACAUGAGAUCAUUAACGAUAAAUUGUGCAAUGCCUCUAUUUGUUUUAAAAUUGAUAGUUCAUAGUUCAAUAUUUGAAAUUUGAUAAUGCACUCUUAAAGUAACAAUUUUGGGUGUAAUAAUAGUUGUGGAUUAGCAAAUAACACCAAUAUUUAAAGUGCAGCUUGGAAUUUUCCUAUUGGAUACUAACUGAAUAAAUCACUUCUGUUCUUUUAGCAAGUUUUUUUAAGAUUUCUUUAUUGAGGUUUGAUGUCUCCCCACCAUGUUAAAACAAAUGUAAUAUGUAUGAAAUAAAUAUAAUAUUGUUACCAA